UAAAAUUUCAAAGCUAUACAAAGUACAUAUUUACAAAAGAAUCGUUUUAAUGUAAAUUUAUAAUGGAUGAUUUACAGUUAAACAUAUCUGUUUCACAAGGGAGUAAGAAGAAAGCAACAUUGAAAAAUAAUGUAUCAGAAUAUAAGUUUAAAUCUAAACCUACGUUUACUGGCAAAAUUAUAGCUAGAAAAAGGCCCGUAAACCUCGGGCAGAAGAAUAUAGAUACUAAAUCAGUUGAUGAUGGACCAAAGAAAAAGAUUCUUAAGGCUUCACAUACACAAACAGGUGAUUUAGCAACAAAUUUAAGAGAUCUUAGUGAAAACAAAGGAAAAUUCCAAGGGAAGAACUAUCAAGAUCUCAGUGAUGAUAUUCAAAUGAAACAAAAGCCAAGAACAGGUGGAUGGAUAUCUUCUCUUUUUAAAAAUAAUCCUGAUGUGCCACGUAUUGGGCAGCGUGCAGUCAAACCAAUUGUUGAAAAAGUCUUUACUAGUAAAACAUUUUCCGAGUUAGAUAUACAUCCUCAUAGUAUUGCAAAUUUACAACAGAAUUUAGGUCUCAAAGAACUUAUGACUGUACAACAAAAUGCUAUACCAGUUAUUUUAUGCGGACGAGAUGUACUUAUUAGAUCACAGACAGGCUCAGGAAAAACCUUAGCAUAUGCUUUGCCAAUAAUAGAAGGACUUCAGGCGAUCAGACCUAAAAUAAAUAGACAUGACGGAAUUCGGGCCAUCAUUGUUGUUCCGACACGUGAAUUGGCAGUACAAACUUAUGAACUGCUUGUUAAGCUUGUUAAGCCUUUUACCUGGAUCGUACCUGGUCUUUUAAGUGGUGGUCAAAAACGGAAAGCAGAAAAAGCUAGGCUAAGAAAAGGAUUAAGCAUCCUUGUGGGAACACCGGGAAGGAUAAAUGACCACUUGAGGCAUACAAAGUCUCUGAAUUUUGAUAAAACAGGUUGUUUAAUUUUAGAUGAAGCUGAUAGGCUCUUGGAUAUGGGAUAUGAAAAAGACGUAGCUGCGAUCGUCAAAGCUAUUGAGGAUCACAAAAAAGCUGCCACAUACGAUCCUAUUGCUAUGAUUAAACAAAAUGCAAAGAAGACGAUCAUAGAUGAUGAUGAGUCUAAGCAAGCAGAACAGAUUGUAAAUAAAGAUAACUCGGUUGUUGCUAAACAUCAUUUGACUGAAGUGUUUCUUGGGAAAGACAGACAAACAAUCUUAUUAUCUGCUACACUCACUAAGGCUGUAGAGAAUUUAGCAGGCAUCACAAUGGUUGAUCCUGUUUUCAUUGAUACAUCCGAGGGAAAAGCAGUAGUUGCUGAUUCUUUGAAACUACAUACUAGCAAUGUCAUUAAUAAAGAAGAUGUAUCAAAGGAAAAGAAUGCAGCAAUAGAGAUCGAAACUGGAAAUGAAAUUAAUAUUAAGAAAUCAAAAGAAAAAAUAUCCGUAAAGUCCGAAGAAGGCAAUAAAACUGCUCUAGAAGCCAGACGAGGUCUGAAAUCCUUUGGCGGUAUAAAUAAUUCUGAAUUAUUAAGUUGUAAUACUGGUAAACUUGAUAAUGUAAAUGAGAAUAAUAUAACAAAAGAUGUUAAUGACGAAACAAAUAGUGAUAGUGACUCUGACUAUGAAUAUUUCAAAGUGCAAAAAGAACUUGAAUCGAAAAAAGUAAGCGUGGAAACUAUAAACGACGUAAUAAAACCAUCGGAGACUGGCAACACUUUUGUUGAAGCUAUAAAGACUGCAAUAGUUGAAGAUGAACUAGUGCUGCCCGCAACAGUGAAUCAGACAUUUUUAAUUGUCCCAAUGAAACUACGAUUAGUCACCCUUUGUUCGUUGAUCGUCGAACAUUGUGUAUUGAAUAAGAAAGGCGGUAAAAUGAUUGUUUUUAUGGCAACACUAGAGAUGGUCGAUUAUCAUUCCGAAUUAAUUGAGAAUGUUUUAACUGGGAACAAUGUAAAGGUAAAGAAAUCUGGAAAUGAAAAGAACAAAGCUAAGAAAAGAAAGGCCAACGAUAGUGAAAAUCAGGAUAAAUCCGAAUCGUCGGAUUCGGAAUUUGAAAUUGAUUAUCAAGAGGCAAACGAAGGCGGCCUAGUGCCAGUCGACUUGGAGAUGUUCAGUCUCCACGGCUCGAUGCCGCACGAAAGGAGAAUGGAAGUGUUCAAACAGUUUCGGACGGCUAGAAGCGGUGUUUUAAUCUGUACGGAUGUGGCGGCCCGUGGCUUGGACGUGCCUCGAGUGGACCUCGUCUUGCAGUACUGCGCACCCGCAUCCGCAACUGAUUAUGUUCACAGGGUUGGGCGUACCGGACGAGCGGCGCGUAUCGGUGCUGCGGUAAUGUUUCUCUUACCGAACGAAGCGGAUUUUGUUCGAUAUUUAGAACAAAAACGUAUUAGGCUGCGGCAAGACGAUGAAUCGAAAUGUCUGGAAGCGUUACGUAGCGUUGCACCGGCGGCGCCGAGCGUGCAACGCGCCGCCAUCGCGCUACAAGCCCGCCUCGAACACACCGCGCACAGCUCAAAGGAAUGGCUCGCUAGGGCCAGUCGAGCGUACACAUCAUGGGUGCGGUUUUACUCGGGCUACCCUCGCGACGUGCGUCAGUACUUGGAUCCCAAACUGUUGCACCUCGGUCACGCGGCUAAAGCCUUCGCUUUGAGAGACACCCCUGCGGCCCUCGCCAGGAGAACUAAGUCCGAUCCUAAACUGAAGAAAGAGAGACCCGUCAACAGACUUACAGUCCACGACGAAGAAGAAAGGAAGAGGCCUGGCUUCCCCAAAGUGAAGAUCGGUUUUAAUAGCAGAGUUAUGAAUAAGCAAAGUUCAAUGCACACGGCCAGUGAAUUCGACAGCGGACUGCCCCCACUUGAAAAUUCAUACAAAAAGAAAAAGAAAAACUGAUCGAACACAUAAAAGCGUAUUUAUAUCGACGAUAAGCUUGUAAUUAUGAGUCAGAUUGUAAAUAAAAAUUGCCU